ACUACAUUCUUGCAGCAAAUAGAAAGAUGGCAGGAUGAUUCAACUAGACCUUUACCAUAGAGAUCACAACAACCUUUUACUCCACAGGCGGUUUGUAAAUAUAUGAGAUAAUAUUCUAAAUUCUUGGAAUUACCAUUUGAAAGUGAGUCACAAGUCACGAGCUGAAAGUAAAUAAAAGAUAAAAAUGUAGGAGUACGGUGCUCUUCAUAACAAUAGAAGCUCAGAAACGAGAGCAUACUUCAAUAUUGAAUAGAAAGGAUGAAACACUAUAAAAUGGGAACAAACGGACAUAUUCAUCUCAACGAACACAUGGCCUCGAACAAGAGAGUGCUGCCAGCAAAUGCAUAGUUCUGGGAACAUUGAUGUUAUUAAAAGACACAGAGGCAUUGGUACCCAGGUACCUAUGUAGUCUUCAAAGCAUCCAUAUAUCUUAAAACAAAGCAAAUCAUAACAGUGAAAGUGUCACAAACCAGUAACAAUGUCUAUCAAAAGAAUAUCCAGCAAAAAUAUACUUGAUGAAAGUAACAAACAGCUAACAGAAUUGCCACAUGACAUUUUUAAACCAAAGACAUCAGUAGUGAAUCUUUCUAGAAAUCAACUGAUUGCAUUACCAGAUCAGAUAAAUGAACUAGAAAAAUCACUUGAAAAACUGAACAUUGAAAGGAACCAAUUUUCAAAUGUUCCAGAACAAAUAGCAAACCUCAAAAAUCUGACAUGGCUACACAUAUCUAACAAUCCAAUAGAUGAGAUACCUGAAAACAUUUGCCAGCUUGUGAAACUUCGAUCCUUAUUCUGCUGGUCAACAUACAUCACAGAUUUGCCUUUCAAGUUUGCACAGUUGCAGUCAUUACAGCAACUUGAUAUAUCCCAUAAUAAACUGACACAUUUGCCUAGCUGUGUGUAUGAACUGAAGAAUUUGAUCUGGUUGGACUUUGAUGAUAAUCAAAUUUCAGAGAUUGAUCCUAAGAUAGGAAACCUAACAAAACUAAAGACAUUGCGUGUUCAUAAAAACAAACUUACAUCAUUGCCAAGUGAGAUAUCAAAGCUGCAAUUGAGGGAGCUGAAUGUAUCACAGAAUAAUAUUGACUUUAAAUCUUUUGAGGAAGUAAUAAGCAAAUUGAAGUCAUUGGAAAUAUUAGAUUUUGAGAGAUGUGGUGUAAGCAGACUUCCCGAAUCUAUCACAAAACUUGUAAACCUGAAGACAUUUGGUUGUUUCAACAACCCUCUGCAAUACCCUCCAGAAGCAAUAUGCACAGAUGGCAUGCAAUCGAUUAAAAGUUACUUCAUUGAAACAAAGAACCACGCAAGGCUGACUUCCAAGCAAAAAGUAGUAUAUGUGGGAGAAACAUUAGCAGGGAAAACAUCCCUCAUCCAUGGAUUAACGAAGGGUGUUUCUCAACUCACAAGAAUUGAAGACAGAACGAGAGUCCUUGAAAAGACCAACUGGGACAUUGCAAGUGAACACAUCGAAAUUGUCAACUAUGAUCUUGGUGGAAAUGAAAUAUAUAGGCCAACACAUCCUUUGCUGCUGUCACAAAGAGCAAUCUAUAUUCUGACCACUGAUAUCUAUAGCUUCAUGAAAGAAGAUGACAAAGAUGAUGCUUUUAAGGAGAAAAUCUGGUUCUGGUUACACAAGCUGCAGGACUAUGUACCAGGCUCGAGAGUUAUAGUGGUUGCUACACACUUUGAUCUCUGUGAAACGGACAAAGAAAAGGAAGAUGCCAGAGAUACACUGAAUACUAUCAAUCAAAAGAUAAAAGCAGAGGUAGAAAAAAUUGAAGUGGAUAUCGAUCGAAAACUGGAGGAUGCCCAACGUGAAAUAAAAGAAAUAGAAGGUAACAUAAAUGAGAAUAAUGGAGAAGAUAUCAAAGCUUGGCGAAUGAAGGAAGAACGGCUGAAAAAACUACAGGGGAAAAUUCUACAUGUAGAGGAUUCCUUUCUCAUCAGCUCUAAUGAAGACCUGACUGGCGUGUCAGAUUUGAAGAGAUGUAUUUUGAAGUAUUCAAGGGAAAAUCAAGUUUAUGUCUCAGAGCAAAUGUUCAAAUUCAUGAAGGAACUUACACAUCAGAGUUUAUGUGAACCAAAAAGACUUUCCAUGAGAGAAAAGGAUCUAUCCAACUUCAUGACAACACGAAGGAGUUCUCUAAAGAAUCUGAAGCAUAAGAUGCGACAGAAACCUGAGGCUUACAAACAGAAAAAGGUUCUCACUCUUCUGAGCCUCAUGGGGGAAAUCCUUUACUACCCUGACCAGGAUGCUCUCCAAGAUGUCAUCUUUCAUAACAUUGAUAGGAUGAUAGAGCUACUUAGGGCCAUCUUUAGACAUGAUAGGGAACUGUUCAAUAACGUCAACUAUGACAAAGACCAUAUUAUCAUAACUUGUUGUGGAUCCAAACAGAAAUUUGAGGACAUGGAAAGAGAUUUCAGAGUAAAUGCCAUACUCCACAAAGGAUUUUUUCUGUAUCUUUGCCAUAAUGUAGCAAAUAAUGAAGAGGCAGAAAUAAUGCUGGAGGUCCUACAGAAGUUCAACCUGUGCUUCAAAUUUGAUAGCAGUAAUGAAUCCCUUUAUCAUUUUCCAUGGUAUCAAACCCAAUCUGAUGGUAUCUGCAUACAUCAACAAAACAGAUACCAGUUAACGCUUGAGAUCCACUUCACACGGUCUAUCCCUGAUAAGUACUUCAAGAAAGUAACUGUACUUCUUCAAAAGUACAUCGAUCCAUCUGGGCGCAGAAUAUCCACACAUAUCUCAUGUGGAAAGAAAGACUAUACUGAAAUAUGUGUAGCAAGAAAACACUCAAAUGGAAAGUACUUCAUGCCAGUUCGCUUAUAUGGCAUAGACAUUGAAGACAUCUGGAGGACACUAAUGGACUUGUACAAGGAUAUGAUUAAUCUCCUUGUCCAAUGGCCAGGGGUUUACUAUGAUGUCUACUUAGUAUGCCCACAUUGCCUGAGAACCAACCAAGAAGAUCCUUUCAAGUACAAUGCGGAAGCGGUUUUGAAGUUGCAGUAUCCCAAGGGUAAAAAGAAGCAUUCAUGGAAGACCUGUGAGAAGGAGGGUGUGAAACUUCCUGCUGCUCUGGUGUGGCCUGUAUUAUAUGAUCCUGGUGUGGAAAACAAAGAGAAAGAGGAUUACAAGCAAGACCUCAAAAGCUAUGAAUCUUUCACUCGUAAAACAGAGGUUCUGUGUACAAAUGAUGACCUACAAGUUAAAAACGGUAGUAAUAAGGACAAUACAUCAGGAGACGUACCUAUCAAAACCAGACUUCUGUUGAAACACUCUAUAUCUGCCCAAGACUUUCAGUCAUCUGUGAAACCCAUUUACAAGAGAAAGAGACUAUUGUCACAAGGUGACAAAACAGAAGCCCAAAGGGGAAUCCACAUUAAUGUACAUGAAGGGGCUACAAUGCAGUUGUCUGUUGGUGACAAGAGUGGAAAUACAAUUGUUUCUACGAGAAAUGGGGACAGAUCUCCAAGUGAAUAUGGCAGUGGGUAUGUUCUGGAUUAUGAUCCAAGUUCAGAAGAUGAUAGAUCACCUAUAUGGAGCUCAAUUCAGGAAAACAUUUGGGAGAUACCAUUUGUAGAUGAGGAUACCUGUGAGGACAAUGAUGGAAAAAAGUCAUCUGAAGAACUAGACCCAAAUGGAAAGAUGCCAAAAGAACUAUUAAGAAAGUUUGUUAAAGGAGGACAAUCACAAACAAGACCCUAUAGCAUGUGAAGCCUUCAUUCAACAAACAGGGGGUAAGUGGAAGAAAAUGACCAAGGAUAUAGUGUUAAUAUUCUGUUGAGGCACUCAAUAUCAACCUCUGAAGAUACGGAAUCUAUAAAACCCAAUAUCUACUGGAUUUUACAAUAUUUCAUACAUGAGAAAUAGGCGUAGAUUCAAGUCAGAUGAACAAAAACUCUUGACAAAGAGAUAUCAAUAUACAUUGUAACUCAUAAGGGCAGUAUGCACUUAUCAACAUUGUUUCUCCAAAAUAUAGAGACAAUUCUCAAAAUGAUAUUAAUAUAUAUGAUAUUAACAUUAUAGAUAAACUACAUGUAUGUUGAGAUGAAUUCAUGAAUGGGUAAGCAUACAUGGAUGGGAGAAGAGACAGUGUUUGAA